AUGGCUCUCUACUUCCUUCCACCACAAUCACGAUUCGCUCGUCGAGGCCUUUUCGACAGUAUUUUUGAAGACAUCGACCGUAUCGAGUUUGCAAUAGUACCAAUGCUCACAGCUGUUUCGCAUCAACAAGGGGAUUCUGCUGGAAAAUUGGCAAAGGUUACUGAUGACGAUUCCAAGCUAGCCAUCUCUUUGAAUGUCGCAAACUUCAAACCAGAAGAGCUAUCAGUCGAUCUGGAUGGAAGAAUUCUCAAAGUGCAAGGUAAACAGGAAAUCAAGGAGGAGAAUGGUUAUUCUAUGAGAUCCUUUGUUCGACAGUGGAUGCUUCCUGAUAACGUCGAUGUUGAGCAACUCAAAUCCUCUCUAACUGAAGAUGGUCACCUUGCCCUGGAAGCUCCCAAAAUCACGAAGAAAUCGCCAACCACAAGAAGCAUCCAGAUAGAAAAGGUGCCCGCUGCCGUAAAGGGAAACGAAAAUCAUCAGCAAUAA